AUGUCAAACCAUCAAGUUAAAAGAGAUUCUGGUUUUUUCGAAAGUGAAGAUAUUAAAUUUUUUUUUAAUCCUACUACCCUUAUUACUUUUACCGACGUUGCCUCUACCGCAUCUAUCACCAAACCUACUGCUAAUAAAACACUAUUUUCAUCAUAUCUCGGUCUUUAUGAAAUUCAAUUAACCAAGAAAAGUUUCGAUAAAUUAUUGUCAUCACACUACUGGACUCAUGAAGCACUCGAAAAUACUCUACCAUCCAAAAAGAUCACCACUAAAAACAUUAAAUCCAGCAAUAUUAACAAUAAUUCUAAUUCAAAGGUCGAAAUUCUCAAUAAUAACAAUAAUAAAUCAACUACGACAAUUGCAAAAAUCCAAGAAACAAGUAUUCCAUUUUCCAAUUACCUUGGUUUAAUAUUAACAAAUCAACAAUACUCAGAAAAAUUCGAUAUUGCCGAUCAUUAUUGGACUAAUUUGUCUCUUGAAGCAAUCUUACCAUCAAAAUACAAUUACAACGCUAUUAAAAACAAGAAAAAUAAAAAAAUUUCUCCUCUUACGCCUUCAUCUAUAAAUCUGAAUUUAUUCACAAAACACAAGAAUAUGGUGAAUAAAAAUAAAAAAAUAAAAAAUUUGUACAACUAA